CAGUUACAACAAAAUGGCUGCUGGAGCACCGUUAUCAACAAUUUACUGACCGGAGGGGGGGAGAGAGAAAGUGGCUCAACUUUUCCCACCCCCCUCCCUCCUCCUCUGCGCAACCUCCGGCGUUGUUUUAUCUCCGCAGUUGGAUAUUUUCUCCCUUCUAAUUUGCACUUUAAAUUGAUGAGAGAACCCGAGUUUAAAGCUGCCAAAGAGCCUCAGGAAGAAAUUCAAAGUGAGAAAGAACAAGAAACUAAAGAAGAGGACCGUUUGAUGGAAGAAAAGAAAAAGAAAAAACAAGAAGAGAAGAAGAAGAAGGAAGCUGCUCAGAAAAAGGCUGCUGAACAUAAAACCAAAGUGCCAGAAACUACCAAGACCAGUCAAAGCCAGCCACAGCCUGCCAACUCGUCCAACAGCACUUCCACUACCACUAUCACUAACAGCAGUGGAAGCAAUGGCAAGCGAGCUUCUACUAGUUGUCAGCAACAAGCCUUGUCUCGUUACCCACCCCGUGAAGUGCCACCUCGCUUCCGGCAUCAAGAACAGAAGCAGCUAUUGAAGAGAGGGCAGCCACUGCCACCUGGGACUGCCAUCAGCAAUAGUUUAGCUCAAGGUACAGGGCAAGUGGCAGCAAACUCUUCACAACACAGCAUUCAACAAACAUCUGGUGGACCACAGCAACUCCAACAUCUUGGUAAAGGACAGACUGAUCUCAGCCAUAGUGGUUUGGGAACUCAUUAUGAAAAUUCCCAUUGGGGUCAACCCCCCUUUAGAAGUGAACCAAACAGCAUCUGGGAUAAAGUGAUAAUAGACGGAAGUGACAAAGAGGCUUGGCCUUCCAUUUGUGGAAACGAGACUGAAACUGCCUCAGAAUGCACAGACACUGACUCUGCCUCAAACUGUGGCUCUGAUACUAGUAGCAUGGCUACAGGGAGUGCACCAGGCAACUUCAAUGGACAAAAUAAAAAUUGCAAUAACAGUGGUAAUGGGGCACUUGUCCAAAGCAGUUCAAACCAGAGUGCCAUUGGAGGUGGAGCAAAUGGUGGAAAUGGAAAUUCAUCCAGAGUGUGGGCUGUUGCCUCAGGGUCUGCACCUGGUAUAGGCCACUGCUCUGCUACCAGUGGAAGUGGAAAGAUGGAUAGCAUCGUGAGUGUAAAUCCAAACUGUUGGGGCACUUCUACGUCCUCUGCUGGCAUUAAUCUGAAUCUUAAUCCCAAUGCCAAUCCAGCUGCUUGGCCUGUAGUUGGGCAAGAAAUUCAAGGAACUGUAGGAGGAGGAAAUGCUUCAACUGUUUGUAGUUCCAGUAAUUCCAUUGAUCAGAGUCUUGGUAACCCCAAUAAUGGUCCGACAGGUACAUUAAAUACCUGGGGAAAUUUGCUGCAGCAGGAAAGCACAGAAAUACAAACAUCCACUUCACAGAAUGUGUCUUUCAGCAUCCAACCUCAGAACCUUAACACUGAUGGACCAAAUAACACUAACCCCAUAAACUCUUCACCAAACCCUAUCAAUGCAAUGCAAGCAAAUGGACUGCCUAAUGUUUCUGUACCAGGAGGCUGGGCAAUGACUGUAAGCAUGGGUGCAAUAAACCCAUCACAUCUUCAAAACCUUCCUGGUGGUAGUGCAUCACCUGCAGUUUCUCAGCUCAAUGGAGGUAAUAAUGAAGGAAUGAACAAUCCUUCGUGUAACUCUGUGUGGGGAGUGCCACACACUAAUCCUACAGCCACCAAUGGUAACUCUGGAUUUAGUCAGGGGAAUGGAGACACUGUGAAUUCUGCAUUAAGUUUAAGUGCUAAGCAAACGUUAGCAAACAGUUCUAAUAUUGCUGUGGAAAAGGAUGUUGGAAACAAUGCUUGGGACUCUGGUCCCCCUACCAGUCCUGGGGUACUGCCUUGGACGAGGGCUGGUAAUAUUGGGGGCUUGCACUCUGGUCCCAGUAAUAGUGGAGCUUGGGGUAACACAUCAUCCAACAGGAACACCAAUAAUGGUGUAAAUGGAGAAUGGGGAAAACCGUCUAACCAGCAUUCCAGUAAUGAAGCAAAUGGUAACGGAAAAGGAUCGUGUACAUGGGAGGGACUUUGUGUUAACAGCCAAACUCCUGUUUUGCAGCAAAGUAAUGAACAAAUUAACUCUUGGGCAAAACCUUCUGAAUCGUGUACCACUGGUAGUGAGGGAAGUAAUGAAAGUGGUACUAGCCAUCAUGAAGGAAGCACUGGAAGAAACGGAGGAAGACACAAUGGUAGCCGGCGAAAGACUGAUAAAGGGACAAUUGAACAACAAGGGCUGGUCCAGAGUGUUGUAUUAAAGUCUGAUCAUGAUCCUAGAGUUUUAUGUAAUACUGGAUGGGGCCAGACACCAGUGAAACAGAACAUUUCGUGGGAAAUUCAAGAAUCUCCUAGAUCUGAGCGAAAAAGUGACAAUGGAACUGAGGCUUGGGGUUCAGCUGCUGCCCAAUCUUCAAACUCAGGGGGGAGAAGUGAUGGGUCCAGCAUGAAUAGUAGUAAUACCUCUACAGUAUCUGGUUGGGGAAAUCAUCCACCAACACUCAUAUCCAAUAAUACAGGUUGGGGAGACAAAGUAUCCAAUGGCCAAGGGGGAUGGGGAGAUUCUGCAAAUUCUAAUGCUGCUGCUACAGCCAAAAGUGGCCAUGCCUGGAGUGGGGUUCCUAGUCAGGAGGAGAAGCCAUCCGCCUGGGUGGACUCACAGAAGUCUAAGAUGCAGAAUUGGGGAGAAGGGCAGAAAACUAAUCAAGGCUGGGCAUCAGGAGGUGGGAGUGGGGGAGGGGAUUGGACGGAUUCUGCCACAGGACCUUUGGCUGAAGGAAAGAAAAAUGGGUCUAGUUGGGACAGUGAAAAUAAUCGAUCUGCACCUAAUUGGAAUGAGACUACCAGACCACAGAAUAGUGGGUGGAGUAAUGGUACAACCAGCAAGCCAAACCCAAGUACAGGCUGGGGAGAGCCUUUAAAGUCAAAUGUACCACAGAACUGGGGAAAUAAACCUCAGGAUAAUAAUGUUAGCACCUGGGGAGGGGCUGCUUCUGUUAAACAGUCUAAUUCGGGUUGGGUUGGUGGACCUUUGUCUGCAAAACAGAAGGACAAUGAACCCACAGGCUGGGAAGAGCCUUCCCCACCAUCUAUUCGUCGUAAAAUAGAGAUAGACGAUGGUACCUCAGCUUGGGGAGACCCAACCAAUUACAAGAAGGCAGUAAACAUGUGGGAUAGAAACAAUCCUGUGAAUCAAAGCAGUAACAAUACCGUGACUGAACAGCAACCGCCUCCGCCUCAUCAGUCAUCUGCUGCACAAAACCGCUCUCCACUACUUGCUCCAGGUUGGGGAGAAACACUGAGUGUUCCUACAAAGACUGAGAACUCUUGGGGUGAGCCACCUUCUCCAUCAACUUCAGUCGAUAAUGGGACUUCAGCGUGGGGCAAACCUCCCAACGGCAGUUCAGGGUGGGGAGAUAAUACUGUGGAAUCAACGGGGAACUUUGGAAGAGGGAGUGUUCCUGCUACUGCCCCAGCAAUGUGCAAACCAGCUUCUAAAACUAUGCAAGAAGGUUGGGUCAGCAGUGGAGAUGAAGUUGCCCUCAAUAGUAACCAUCAUUCUAACUGGGAAGAAGAUGAGGGAGAGAUGGGAAUGUGGAAUAAUGUAGCUUCUCAGGAGAGCAACUCUUCUUGUAAUUCUUCAGGCUGGACCAAUGCUAGCAAGAAAGUGCAUCAGAAGGGUAUAAAAGCAUCCAGUAAGCAAGAAGAGACUUGGCUUAUGAAUCGCCUGAUAAAACAAUUGACUGAUAUGGGUUUUCCUAGAGAACCAGCAGAAGAGGCUCUGAAAUGUAAUAACCUGAACCUUGAUCAGGCUAUGGGUGCUCUGUUGGAAAAGAAAGUGGAGAUGGACAAACGUGGAAUGGGAAUGUCAGAUUACAAUGGAAUCGUUUCUAAACCACUUGGCUGCCGACCACCUUCUAUCUCCAAAGAGUCUUCCGUGGAUCGCCCCACCUAUUUUGACAAGCUCACCCUAUCUUUCUCCAAUCAGGAUGGCGGCCUAAUGGAAGAGUCCCCUACUUCACCAUUUUUGCCUUCACCAAGCCUGAAGCUCGCCCUUUCAAACAGUGCACACCCUAAUCAGGCCCUUGGUGCCAUUGCCUCGGGGCUGGGCAUGCAAAACUUGAAUUCUUCUAGACAGAGUGGCAAUCUAGGUAUGUUUGGCAAUAGCGGAGCAGCACAAGCCAGGACCAUGCAGCAGCAACAGCAGCCGCCAGUGCAACCUCUUAACUCAUCCCAGCCUAGUCUUCGUGCUCAAGUGCCUCAGUUUCUAUCCCCUCAGGUUCAAGCACAGCUCUUGCAAUUUGCAGCAAAAAACAUGGGUCUCAACCCUGCACUAUUAGCCUCGCCAAUUAAUCCUCAGCAUAUGACUAUGUUAAACCAACUUUAUCAGCUGCAGCUGGCCUACCAGCGUUUACUCUUCCAGCAGCAGAUGUUACAGGCCCAGCGUAAUGUUUCUGGAACCAUUAGACAACAAGAGCAGCAAGUUGCACGUACAAUCAACAACAUGCAGCAGCAGAUCCAACAACACCAGCGGCAGCUGACCCAGGCCUUGCUUAUGAAACAGCAACAACCGCAUCCACCAUUGCACCCAUCUGCAGGCAAAGUAACCAUUGAUAAUCUGAGUCAUCAUCCACCUCCCAGCCUUUCAGACCUGCAGACCAAAGAGCAACAAACGUCACCCAAUUCUUUCCCUGCAUAUUCCUUGGCUGGAUUGAUCCCAAAUAUGAAUGUAAGCAACAUGGAACUAAAUGCUGGUAUAUCCAUGAAGGAUCCGGCUCAAGCCCAAUCUCGAUUGAGGCAGUGGACCCACCCCAACUCUAUUGAAAAUUUAAGCAGCAAUUCCUUAUCGUUGGAGCAGAACCAGACCAAGCAUGGUGCUAUCCCUGGAGGUCUCAAUAUUGGUCCAACAAGCAAGCCCUCCCUUGAGGACUCCUACAGUCCAUAUGAUCUGAUAACCAGCAGUGAGUCACCAGCCAGUCCACCGGUACCAGUCAGUGAUAGCUGGACACGUGCCAAAUCCCCUGCCGAUAAGAUCUCAAAUGGCUCCAACAUUAACUGGCCACCAGAAUUUCGGCCUGGGGAGCCAUGGAAAGGACUUCAGAAUAUUGACCCUGAGACUGACCCUAAUGUUACACCUGGGAGUGUCCCAAGUGGACCUUCCAUCAAUACUACUAUCCGGGAUGUGGAUCGCUAUCUGCUCAGGGACAGGAGUGGAGGGUCAUCCCCAACAUCUCAGAACGCCACGCUGCCUUCAUCUAGUGCCUGGUCCUUCAGUGCCUCUGGCUACACUAGCUCUUUCAGCAGCUCUACAUCUGCACCUAAUCCUGCAGCUAAACUGACAGAUAAAUCUACUUGGUCACCUGGACCUAUUGCUCAAACUCAAGCACCACUAUCACACGAAUUGUGGAAAGUGCCGCUAGGAUCCAAAAACACUAGGCCUCCACCAGGCCUGACAAAUACCAAGCCAUCACCAUCAUGGGGUGUCAGUUCAUUAGGACUUGUCUCAAGUUGGCCAAGCUCUUAUUCCUCCAGUUCUGCUUGGAGCACUGAUAGCAAUGGGAGAAACAACAGCUGGUUGGUUCUGCGAAACCUAACACCACAGAUUGAUGGCUCAACUUUGCGGACUUUAUGCAUGCAGCAUGGUCCACUGAUAACAUUCCAUCUGAACUUGACCCAAGGAAAUGCUGUGGUUCGCUACAGUUCAAAGGAAGAAGCAGCUAAGGCCCAGAAGUCCCUCCACAUGUGCGUUCUGGGAAACACUACUAUCCUCGCUGAAUUUGCCAGUGAUGAAGAAGUUAACCGUUUCUUUGCACAAGGUCAAUCACUCUCUCAGACCUCCAGCUGGCAGUCAAACGCCGGAACAAAUCAGAGCCGACUUGGGUCAAGCACCAACUCUCACGGAUUGGUUCGCAAUGAUCUCGGUCACUGGAAUACUACAAGCUUGAGUGGAAAAGGAACCAAUGACCUCCUGUGGAGUAGUGUCCCUCAAUACUCCAGCAGUUUAUGGGGUCCUCCUAACAAUGAUGACACCAGAGUUAUUGGCAGCCCUACACCUAUAAACACCUUACUCCCUGGUGACCUUCUGAGUGGAGAAUCAAUGUAGGGAAAACUGAUGAUCUUGUGAAGCUAACAAUCAGCACUAAACAACCCAGUUCUGGACAUUGUUUUGGCCCUGGAUCCACAACCUGUGGUUGGAUGAGGGAGUGUGGGCAGGGAAGUAGUUGUGGGAUUUGGAUAGGUGGGGUUUUGGGGCAUGGAAAGUCUACUUUUGCGAGCCUGGGUUUAGUAUGCACAUUACCCUUGCUUUCAUUAUUUUGUUUGAUCCCAAAAACAUAUCAACACAAAUACUUGAAUCAAGCAGGCCAAUAUGAAAUGUGAAAACCGUCUAAUUUACACUUCUGAGGAGUUGUCAUCACAAAUAGGCUCAAACAAAAAAGUUUAUUGUGUGUAUGUGUGAUGGUGCAAAUGUAUGCAUCUCAGUGUGUGGGUGUGUAUGAAAUCAGUGUGUUUUUUGUUUCUUUAUACAGUAUAUGCUUUUAUUUGCUCGUUGGUCAAAUUAUUAGCUUCUAACUUUGCACUGAGUGUCUGCAGCCCCUCCAGCUAAUCUUACAAAGGGGCCAGCAGCAAUUCAUGUGUAAAUGUUUACUCAAGGACACUCUUAACAGUGUGUGCUCUGGAGAUGAUGUGUAUACCUACCUUUAGUGGCUUUUUUGUGGACUAAUGCAAGAGAAUUAUUACAGGAGUAUUGCACCAGUUUUCUUUCAGAGUAUAAAAGUAAAAAAAAAUGCUCUAGUUGAACUGUGGCCAUAGCUACACAAUAGAGUGGACCCAUCCUGCAAGCAGGCAUGGGAAGCACUUAGACUGGAUAUUUUUGUGACUGAUUUAGAGGUGCCUAUGUUUGGUAACCUCCUGUUUACAAACUUUGCAGAACUUAAGAAAAAAAGGAAAAAAUAUGAAAAAAGGACAAUUACUCUUCCAUCAAAACCUAUUUUCAGAAUGAAGAUGUGCUACUUCAGAACUCUGGGAAUGAACAGUGUUGUAUUUUUUUGGCCAUUGUUGUGUAUUUUUUCCUUUGUAAAUUUUUGCUCACUUUCUUGCACACAGUGGAUGAUGUCUCAGGAAGGCCUGAAUUUUCUGGGGAGCUACUCCACGCCAUUUCAUGUAUUUUAACCCAACUUCUAGCACUGAAGAAAAAAAGAAAAUACCUGUUUAUUCUGUAGCAGUUACUUAUUUACCAAAUAAUGGACACAACAAUGUUUGAAGAGUGCUUUAUGAAAUGCUUUAUGUUUUAAAAAGAAAUCAAUGCUUUUGAUUGUGUUAAAGACAAUUGACCAACAUACUGUAAAGUAUGUUGCUGUAUAAACUCUCCUUGUCCCAGCCUGCUUGGAUCAGGUAACUUGUGCAUUAUCUUUGAAUAGGUUUUUAUUGGUUUUAUCAAGCUGUUUUUGGCAACAAAACGCUGGUUUUAAAGUGGAUCAUGAACUAUGCACAAAUGGGUUCAAGACUUUUGUUUUUCCUGAGUUAUAAUAGAGUGUAUUUACCAUUUCUUCUCAAAGGUAUUUUGCAUCUCAUUGCCAUUAUGUAUAUUCCAAGCCGAAAAUAGUCUUGAGUUGUAGAAAAGCCUGACUUUAAAAGUUUUAGGGGGGGUGGGGGGAAGAGGGAGUGAAAGUCUGUGUUUGUUUCAUUUUUGCCUUUGAAUUACAAAUGUUGGUAAUCCAAGAUUUUUUUAAAGAAAGUUGGUGGCUUUUUAAACAAUUUAUUUCCUCAUAGAAUGUGAUUGUAAAAACAAAUGCACAGAAAGUUGUUUUCUUGAACUAUUGGGCUUCUUGAGAACUAUUAAUUGCAGUUUUCCCCUGGGAAUUGAACAAGAUCAUUAAAAGCAUUAUUCGUUUGAAAUGAAGGAUAUUUCUAUUCACUUACACUGAGCAAAUGCUAAAGGCUCAGUGCAUUGUGGUGAAGCUGCUUUUCUGCUCCAUUGUUUACUAUGAAAUUAGCAGAUUACCACGGUGGAUUGCACUAAGUGGAUAUACUUGGUUAAAAGAUGAGGUAACCCCAUCCAGUCGACAAAGAUGUUGCUCUGUCAGAAUGGUUUAGAAACAUUAAAUGUUGAAAACUUAAACCGUGUCAGAAACAAAUCUCCAACAAUACAACAAAAACAUGUAAAUUUUUUUCAAAAUAUAUAAUGCUGUUUUGUGCAUCUUUUGAUGAGAUCCACUAGACUAAUAAGUGAACCAUUCCAUGAGUCUGAUAACCUGGUCUGGCACCAGUGAAAAUGUGUGUGUAUAUUUUGUUGGGAAUGUAAGACCACCCACUGGUUUGUCAGUUGCUGCCUACACAAGAGUGUGAGUACAUGGAAUUAUUUAAUUUGUAAUUACAAAUUAACACCAGCAUUCCAAAUUGGUGUAAUCAGAUUUGAAGUGUAAUUGUAUUCCCCAAUUCUGAGUUAUUAUUGCAAGUCUUAUCUAAGAGAUUUUUUCUGCACCUCUGGGGGGAGGGGGGGAAAUGUGGUGGCAGUUUAUAUCAGAUUUCAGUACACGUUGUGGAAUUUGCCUAUUAUUGAGCUGACGAAUGAAUCUUGGAGGUUUUCUCACAUCUGAACUUGUAUUGAACAAUUAGAUUGCACUGUACAAAUGACAGGCUUUUGUAUAUAAUCUACUAGAGUUCCAAUUCAGUAAUGGAAAUGUUAUGUCAAAGCACUGUUGUAAACUGAAACACAAAACUAGUUUUGGAGCCUAAUAAAAAUGUUCAGUGUGGGGGUUGAGAAAAUAAUGCUGUAGCCCCUUCCCACACAGAGGUUUGUUUUUGUUUUUGAAAAAUGGAACUAGUUUUUAAAAAUCUCUCCAAGCUUUACUUUGAGGUAGCAAAGCACAACUAGCCACAUUGAAUGCAAAACAAAAACAAAAUUUUUAAAGCGCAAGGAUUUUUCAGGUGAAACGUUGAGAUAUGAUGCAUUUGAAAUUAAAGCUUGAUUUGGAUUAACCAUCAUAAAUAAAGACGUUUUGACCAUUUGUUUACUUCCCUUUCCCAUAAGCCUUUAACAAGGGGCAGAACUGACAUAAGCCCAAGUAUUGAAAGAUUUGUGGCAAGCCUUGUGCACAUGUAUUGUUCAUCAGAUAUUCAUCCAAAUCAAGUUUUCACCUUGUAAUGUUUAAAACACAUUUUUGUUUUUGCUGUUACAAUAUGUAUUACUGAGUCAACAAUGAAUAAAAGAUUAUGCCUCCA